CACACAGAGGGUGGGUGUGUGGAACGAGCUGCCAGCAGAAGUGGUGGAGGUGGGGACAAUUACAGUGUUUAAAAGACACUUGGACAAGUACACAGAUAGGAGAGGUUUAGAGGGAAACGGGCCAAACGCGGGCAGAUGGGAGCAGCCCAGGUAGGUAACUUGGUCAGCACGGACGAGUUGGGCCGAAGGGCCUGUUUCCGUGCGGUAUAACUCUGACCACAGGGGGCUCAGGAAUGCUCUCCCCAAGGGCAGGGUGCAGGCAGAGACACAACGUUUGAGAAGUAUUGGGACAACGACUUGAACUGUCAUGUCCUUAAAGGUUACCAACCAAACGCCGUUAAAUGGGGCUAGUGUAGUGGUCGGCAUGAGUUCGGUGGGCCAAAGGGCCUGUUUCUGUGUGCUAUGGCUCUGUGACUCAUUGUGAGCUGACAAACACUCAGGACAGAUCUUAAUGUAAUCUAAAGGUGGGCCUUGGGGAGAGAGGGGGGCAGUGGGAUUAGUGUGGGGACUGGUACAGGGCUGUGAGGAGAGCGCAGGGCAGUGGGGUUAGUUUGGGGAUAUGAUGUGAUUGUAUGAACGGUACUGAGGUAAUGUUCUGGGGGUUGUUGUCAGUGGCCAGAACAACUUGCGUUCUGUGUGUUCUGGUGCUCAGGAUGUCACUGGUCAGUGCAGACUGCCCCUCCACCAGCUGAGUGGUCACCUCACACCAGGCUCCCUCAGGUCUCCACACCUGGGAGGGCAGUGGUGGACCUGAGGAAGGUGUAGUCAGGAGGAGAGGGUGGCGGGUGGUUUAAUCAGAAUGUGAAGUGUCACAUUUGAUGGGGUAAAUGGGAGGGGGUGGUGUGGUGCGGCAGAGGUGUGCUGGGGGAGAGCACGGUGGGGGGGCACAUGUAUGUGGGUGGUGAAGGGUGGCAGGGCAGCUGGGUCCUGGGCUUUAUGUACAGGGGCGGUGCAGUGAGUAACCCACAGCCUCACGGUUCCAGACACCUGGGUUCUGUCUGUGUGGAGUCUGCUCGUUCUCCCUGUUGGCCCCGGGUGCUCCCCCCCUGCUGUUCUCCAGACCUCGGUGUCCACACUUCUCUCCCCUGGCUUUGCACCCUGUCUACACCCCACCAUCCCUGUGCUCCCCUGGCCCUUCCAGACCCUCAGACAGAAGCUGCCCCUCCCCUCACACUUGUGACCCCUGUCUCACAGACCCCAGGCGGGCGAUUAUGUGGAUGUUGCCGGGACUCGAGGGCCUGAGUUACAGGGAGAGGUUGGGCAGGCUGGGACUCAUUCCUUGGAGCAGAGACUGAGGAGUGACCUUAUUAGUGAUGUAUAAAAUCAUGAGGGGCAUCGAUAGGGUGAACGCACUUGGUCUUUUCCCCAGGGUUGGGGAAUCAAGAACCAGAGGGCACAGGUUUAAGGUGAGAGGGGAGAGAUCUAAAGGGGAGCCGAGGGGCAACUUCACGCAGAGGGUGGUCCGUACAUGGAACGAGCUGCCAGACGAAGAGGUUGUUGACGUGUUGAAGCUGGUGUCAGUGACGGAAAUGCAGAGCAUCAAGUGCGUGGUGGUGGGUGACGGGGCGGUGGGCAAGACCUGCCUGCUCAUCUGCUACACGACCAACGCCUUCCCCAAGGAGUACAUCCCCACCGUCUUCGACAACUACAGCGCACAGAUCACGGUGGACUCUCGGACUGUCAGCCUCAACCUGUGGGACACUGCCGGCCAGGAGGAAUACGACCGGCUGCGGACAUUAUCCUACCCCCAGACCAAUGUCUUCAUCAUCUGCUUCUCCAUCGCCAGCCCCCCGUCCUACGAGAACGUGCGCCACAAGUGGUACCCCGAGGUGACGCACCACUGCCCCGACGUCCCCAUGCUGCUGGUGGGCACCAAGAAGGAUUUGCGCAGCGACCCGGAGACCAUCAAGAAGUUGAAGGAGCAGAGCCUGGCACCCAUCUCGCAGCACCAGGGCAACGGGCUGGCCAAGCAGAUCCAGGCCGUGAAGUACCUGGAGUGCUCGGCCCUCAACCAGGAGGGCAUCAAGGAUGUGUUCGCCGAGGCAGUGCGGGCUGUCAUCAACCCCGCCCCCGUCAAAGCCAAGAAGUCAUGCGUGCUCUUGUGAGGAAGAACCGUCCUCUCCCUCCCCUGUCUCAUCUCCCCUCCCCACCCCUCCCCUCCCCUCGCCACCCCUCCACCGUCACCCCUCCCCACCCCGCCCCUCUCCACCCUGCACCAGAACCUUCCCACAACGC